AUGGAUGGAUGAUGGAUGGAUGGAUGGAUGGAUGGAUGAUGGAUGGAUGAUGGAUGAUGGAUGAUGGAUGGAUGGGGAACAGAGGAAAUGGACAGGUGAGUGAUGGCAGGUGCCUGAGCAUGGGUGUGUGAACAGGGGCCACUGAACAGACAGACAGACGGGCAGAUGCUGGGGCCUGGCACCACCCAGGGACAGCCACGCCCAGCCCGUGUCACCCAUCCCAGUCCCUGUCACCCAUCCCAGUCCAUGUCACCCAUCCCAAUCCGUGUCACCCACCCCUGCCCGGUCCCGCGUUGCGCUGCCGCUCUCGGCCGCCAGGGGGCGUCAGUCGCGGCCGCCGCCACUCCCGCGGCGCCCCGGCAACAAGUGCCGCGCGCUGAUUGGCCGAGCGCCCGCGGGGAGCGCCGCGAUUGGUCCCCGUGCCCCCAUCCGGACUUCCCCCGGCGGGGCAGCGGCCAGAGCGCGCCGCGCGCAGAGCAGCCAAUCAGAGAGGCGUGCGCCACGGCAACAAAAGGGACAGCCAAUCAGCGUGCGCCGCGCCGCGCCGGGCCCCGCCUUCCCGCGAAAACCGCGAAAAUGCGACGGGAGGCGGGAAAGGGGAACGGGGGGCGGGGCCUGGGGCUGGGCGGCCAAUGGGGAGCGAGGGCGGGAGAGGCCGGCCCGGUGCGAUCCCGGUCCGGUCCCGGUUCCGUCUCGGUACGAUCCCGGUCCGGUCCCGGUUCCAUCCCGGUUCCAUCCCGGUACGAUCCCGGUUUGAUCCCCGUGCGAUCCCGGUCUGAUCCCCGUGUGAUCCCGGCCCGGUCCCGGUGCGAUCCCGGUCCAGUCCCGGUUCCAUACCGGUACGAUCCCGGUUUGAUCCCGGUGCGAUCCCGGUUUGAUCCCGGUUGGAUUCCAGUUCCAUCCUGGUCCUGUUCCGGUUCGAUCCCGGUUUGAUCCCGGUGCGCUCCCGGUUCCAUCCCAGUGCGCUCCCGGUUUGAUCCCGGUUCGAUCCCCGCCUGAUCCCGGUUCGAUCCCGGUCCUGUCCCGGCUCGGCUCCCCCGGGCCCAUGGAACCGGCCGAGGUGGAGUUCCUGGCCGAGAAGGAGCUGGUGACGAUCGUGCCCAACUUCAGCCUGGACCGGAUUCACCUGAUCGGGGGAGAUCUGGGUCCCUUCAACCCUGGCUUGCCAGUGGAAGUGCCCGUGUGGUUGGCCAUUAACCUGAAGCAGAGGCAGAAGUGUCGGCUCAUUCCCCCGGAAUGGAUGGAUGUUGGGAAACUGGAGGAAAUCCGGGAUCAGGAGAGGAAAGAGGACACCUUCACUCCCAUGCCCAGUCCCUACUACAUGGAGCUGACCAAGCUGCUGCUGAACUACGCCUCUGACAACAUCCCCAGAGCGGACGAGAUCCGGACGCUGGUGAAGGACACGUGGGACACGCGCGUGGCCAAGCUGCGCCUGUCCGCCGACAGCUUCGUGAGGCAGCAGGAGGCUCACGCCAAGCUGGAUAACUUAACCCUGAUGGAGAUCAACACCACCGGAACUUUCCUCACCCAGGCCUUGGAUCACAUGUACAAGCUGCGGAGGAACCUGCAGCCUGCCGAGGGCUCCCACUCCCAGGAUUUCUGACCAGGGAAAGGAUUUGGGAAGGAGCUGCUGCCUCUGGGCACCUCCCACCUCCCUGCAGGGACCUCCAGCCCCCAAAUCUGCCCUCAGAGCCGGCCAGGAAUUGCCUGAGAGCUGCUGGAGCAUCCCCAGAGCCUCAGUGCAGGCCAACCCCACCCCUGGGUUUGUUUUUUCCCUCCCUCCCCAGGGAUUUUUACUUUCCCCCCGGGUUUGUCCCCAUCCCCCUUUAGGGCACUUUUGUCCCCACCCCCCCCGUCCCAUUUUUGUCACCCCCCAAAAUCAACACCCAGCUCCCCCAAAACAUGACCUGUCCAUGUCCCCACCCCACAGGGACAUCUCGGUGUCACCUCCCACCCUCAGGGGUCCCACCCUCGUGUCCCUUCCCCUAUUCGCAGCU